GAGCGGAUCGUGGGCUUCGGCUGCGGGCGCAGGGCGGGCCGGGCGUGGAGCCUGGGCCGUGCCGCGCGGCGCCAUGAAGGGCAAGGAGGAGAAGGAAGGCGGCGCGCGGCUGGGUGCUGGCGGUGGAAGUCCGGAGAAGAGUCUGAGCGCGCAAGAGCUCAAGGAGCAGGGCAACCGGCUCUUCGUGGGCCGCAAGUACCCGGAGGCAGCGGCCUGCUACGGCCGCGCCAUCACCCGGAACCCGCUGGUGGCUGUGUACUACACCAACCGGGCACUCUGCUAUCUGAAAAUGCAGCAACACGAGCAGGCGCUGGCUGACUGCCGGCGGGCCCUGGAGCUGGACGGACAGUCUGUGAAGGCCCACUUCUUCCUGGGGCAGUGCCAGCUUGAGAUGGAGAGCUAUGACGAGGCCAUCGCCAAUCUGCAGCGAGCCUACAACCUGGCCAAGGAACAACGGCUCAACUUUGGUGAUGAUAUUCCUAGCGCUCUUCGCAUUGCCAAGAAGAAGCGCUGGAACAGCAUCGAGGAGCGGCGCAUCCACCAGGAGAGCGAGCUGCACUCCUACCUCACUCGGCUCAUCGUGGCGGAGCGGGAGAGGGAGCUGGAAGAGUGUCAGCGAAACCAUGAAGGUGACAAAGAUGAUGCCCACAUCCGAGCUCAGCAGACCUGUAUUGAGGCCAAGCAUGACAAAUACCUGGCCGACAUGGACGAGCUCUUCUCCCAGGUGGACGAGAAGAGAAAGAAGCGAGACAUCCCUGACUACUUGUGUGGCAAGAUCAGCUUUGAACUCAUGCGGGAGCCCUGCAUCACACCCAGUGGCAUCACCUAUGACCGCAAGGACAUUGAGGAGCACCUGCAGCGUGUGGGCCACUUUGACCCCGUGACAAGGAGCCCGCUGACCCAGGAGCAGCUUAUCCCCAACCUGGCCAUGAAGGAGGUCAUUGAUGCCUUCAUCUCUGAGAACGGCUGGGUAGAGGACUACUAA